CCAGAAAUGAAAUCCAUUCCUCCUGUUAAUCAGUUGAUGUAAAUCAUAGAUGGAUUCUAACCUUGUUUCAUUUGAUUUACUAGAAAAAAAGAAAGCUUGGCUAUUCGAUCCUUUGUUUCAAGUUCUAAUUUUUUUCUAGAUCUUCAUGCAUACCAUCUAAUGGUACUGAACAAACUCAAUCAUGGCUUUUUACUAUAUCUUAUCACCAAAUUCUCAUCUUCAUUAUUCAGUCAUGGAGGUGCGUCAGCUAACUCUCAGGUCUCUCAAAAAAGACUAUAUAACCAAGUAAUUUUGGGGAAAUUUCCUUUCUUCAGCUGGUUUCCAACUCCAAGGAACCAACUAACAAGACAACCCAUACUGCUACUAAUACUACGGCAGUGAUGGAGAAGAAGACAAGAGCAUGUAAAAGAAAAGAUUGUGGUGAUGCUGACACGACAAAUACGUCAACAGCAACGGAGACGAGAAAAGGGCAUGUAGAAGAAAAGAUUGUGGUGACACGAAUACUCCAACAGUGAUUGAGAAGAAGAAAGAAGCAUAUAGAAGUAAAGACUCCGGAGAUGCAGCAAACACGUCAAUGGCGAUUAAGGCAAAGAAACAAGCAUAUAAAAGAAAAGAUUGUGGUGAUACAAAUACUUCAGCACUGACUGAGAAGAAGAAGAAAAGAGCAUAUAGAAGAAAUGAUUGUAUUAUUGGUACAGAUACUCCAGCCGUGAUGGAGAAGAAGAAAAGUGCAUAUCGAAGAAAGAAGUGCCUUCCUCAUGAUUUAAUUGUCGAAGAAAUAUUAACCAGGCUUCCAGUCACAUCACUCCUGAAGUCUGUUCGGGUAUCCAAACUCUGGUAUAACUCCAUUCACAAUGAUCAUAAACACUUAACUUAUUCUCAUUUCCUUCAAUCGCAGAAACAGCCCCAGGUUAUCUUUAGUCUUUUGAAUGUCAGGUCUGGGUUUCAACCUAACACUGAUGAUACUAGUUAUGCCUGCCACUUUUUCAAAUUUACUGCUGGAAAUUACUCUUAUGACCAUGUCCUAAGGUUUGACAAGUUUCGGAAUGCUCUUACUCAUCCUCAUAUGUGGGAACUGGUUGGUUACUGCAAUGGUCUACCUUGUAUGGCAGAAGUGGGUCAUUACUCAACUCGCUACAUGAUUUUGGACCCAAACAGGGAUGAUUUUCUCUAUAUCUUUUAUCCAGCCAGCGUUGGGAUAUGCACCCCCAAUGCCCACAUCAUCUGUCACGGAUUUGGGUUCGAUCCCUCAGCAAACGAGUACAAGUUGGCAAGUAUUUUUCGUACUGCUGAAAACGAGCUUAAUUUUGUGGUUUUCACACUGGGAACUAAAUCAUGGAGAAAUAUCACUGCUGUAACGACACCCAUGUCAGCUCAUGGUGGCCGUCCUAUUAUAAAGUUAAGAUCACCCACUGGUAGUGACAAAUCAGCCAUCUUCUGUGCCACUAGUAGCAGCCGCAGCAGUGGAUGUCUGGUCUGGAAGAUAAUAGCAACUUUGGGGGGAGCAGGAACGAAUCAUAUCCAACAUGAUGUUAAUAAUGAGAUGGAGAUGCUACUGUUGUUCAAUCUGCAUGACGAGAAGUUUCAGUUCAUUCAACUACCAGCUAAAAGUACAACUGACGAGCAGAAGAAGAACUUACUUGUUGAUUAUCCUCAUCUUCUGGAGUUCAAGGGUUCUCCUUGUAUUGCACGUAUUGAAAAACUACCAGGGAAUAUAAGUGAUUAUCCUCAUCGUUGCCGUGAUGAUCAUCAGGGUAGUAGCAAUUGCUGCUGCUGUUGUUGUAAAGUUCAUUUGUAUGUAUUGAAGGAUAAAGUCGAGCAAGCCUGGGUUAAGGAGGAGAGUUUUGAUGUUUGUGUAAAUUCUACUCCCAGAUUUUUAAGAGAACUGGGCACUCUGGCACCAGAUCCCUGCUGCUUUUGUUUCGGCAGUACUACUACACCUCCUACUCGCAUCUUCAGUUUCUCAGAUUAGGUGUUACUUUACUGGUUCAAUGGGGAAUAUCUUCAAGUUUACAACUUGCAUUCUGAAAAAAUUCAGCUGGUGCUGCCUAGUUAUUCUAAAGAGAGUGCUGUCUUUCGAGCUAAGAGGAAGGAACCGCGACACGUCUUUAAUUCUUCUGGUGAUGAUGAUAUUUAUUGCUCCAAUAUGGAUUAUCAGCUGCACUGUCAUGAGGAGAACUUCCUGUCUCUGGAAACCUUCAUACCCGAAGGAGUGCAAGGAGUAGAUGCUGAUGAUUUCUCCAAGUUAGAUAUGGAGAGAGAAGACCGUCGGUGUUCCGCAUUUGUGUAUAUCAACAGAGGUUCGAAAGUGUUUUAUCCUUCUUUUAAUUAGUACACAUGUAGUAACUUAUCUUGGUAACUGUCAUCAGUUUACUAGAUUACUUGUAGUAGUCAAGUUUCAGAGCUACUGUCAUGCUCUAUUAGGAGAACCUAGGUAGCUUAAAUUGAUGAGUGUGUCAAAGUGAAAUCAUCAUAAACUGCAAUGAAUUUUUAUGUUAAGAAUUUAUGUGAAAGCUAGUAUGUGAAA